GAAUGUUACAUCAUACAACAAGUGAAAAUUAUCGCAAGUUUCAUCACCAAAAUGUCCCUUGAUUUUGCCUUGCCAGGGCUUUAAUGCUGUGAAGUAAACCGAACUGUUUUCCGAAUAAUUAACUUACUCUUUAAGACAUGACAGCGAGAAUUUUUGCUCCAAUCACUAACAGAUUUCGAAGGAAGGCGGAAGGUCGCAAACGCCUGGUGGAAAACGACCUUGGCUUGCUUUUGCAGGAGGAUUUCCUCCAGGAACCAAUCGAAGACAAUCACACUUUGCUGGAAGAAACAGAACAAACACUUGGAACAGGCCAUAGGAAUUCCCUUAGUUCAGACACGAGGGAUAAUCAUGCUGUAAAACAUCUCGAGGAUUCAGAUAGCGGCGGCUUCAAAAUUACUACGAGAGAGAGGGCACCUGCAAAGAAAAGGCUGCGGGCUUUUGUCGGGAUUAUUUUAGCCCUGACGUCGGCUUUCUUUUUCACAUUAGGUGCGUUGAUGGUCAAGCUCGCCGAAAGCGUCUCAAGCGUACAGGUUUCUUUCAUGCGUUUGACGAUACAGUUAACUUGUAUACUCCCAACAAUGAUUUUCUACAAGGACAACUUCAUUUUUCCGUGGAGUAAAACCAAAUUUUUAGUCCUCCGGGGAACGGUUGGAGUCACAACUAUGACAAUGAGUAUUUACGCAAUAAAGCACAUGCCUCUUGCAGAUGCUAGAGUGAUAUUUUACACAUCACCUGUUCAUACCGCUAUCAUUGCGCGGAUCUUCCUCAAAGAGUCCGUUAGCAAGUUUGACGUGGCAGCUAUGAUACUGAGUAUAGGAGGGGUGGUGCUGAUCGCAAGGCCUACUUUUCUGUUCGGAUCUCAGGGAGAACACUCUACCUCUAUACAAGCGUGGAUACCUACUCUUCUCGCUGUUUUGGCUGCACUUGGUGCUGCUGUUACUGCCACUGUUACAAGGAAAAUGUCGCAAGAAGUGGGCAUCAGGGUAGUGAUAUUUUACUUCUUUCUUAUUGGAUCAGUCUUGACGCUUGCUUUAUCAAUGGCUUUAGGAUUUAAAUAUCCAGACUGUGGCUCAUAUGAUACCAUUUACAUCAUUGUGGCUGCAUUUUGUGGAUUUUGUGGACAGUUACUUGCAACAAAGGCUUUAUCUAUGGAAAAAGCAUCAGUUGUUUCAUUGGUGCGUACAAUUGGAAUUGCAUACUCCUUUAUUUUUCAAAUAACUAUCCUGGAUGAUGCUCCAAGUGGAUUAAGUAUUGGUGGAGCAAUUCUUGUCUUGCUUUGUAAUGUUUGUAUUUUCUUAAAGAAAUUUUUGGAUGUAAAGAAGACCCAUGCAGAAGUUCCUAAACAGGAGGAGGAUACUGAACAUCAGUAAUCUCGCUAAUCUCUCAAUCAUUUCUUGCCUGUCAGGCCUAGCCUGUGCACAGCCACCCCCUACCCUCCUGAUUUUCUUUUGGAGGGUAGGGGGAGGCUGUACACAGCUAGUCUGGCCAGGGUAAAAUAAAUCUUUGGUUCACUCUUCAGGGGGGCAGCUCAAAGAGAUGUAGGUGUGGGGCUUGAAUUAAUAGCCAGCCAAUGGACAAUGUCUAAUCAGAAUUGGGAAUUAAGCAGGAAAUGAAAUCUUUGCAUAAUAAUUGCUAGAUGGGCUGUCUAUCCAAUUGUGCUUUUUAAAAAUUACCAUGAGCAAACUUUUUUACAAUCUCAAAAAAUAUUUUCUUUGAAACAAGACUGAAAUUCCGUACUGAUGAUUGUCACAACUUUCCCUGAUAACAUCAAUUUCUUCUGCCAGAAUGUGGCAUGUUGGUGUCUGAUAAGUCAAAGAACACCUGAGAUUUUGGGUUCAAAAAAAUUUCGUCGCAGAGGCAGUGCAGCAAUUGUCAGCAAAUAAUUGAUUUUACAGGAUUAAACCAAUGCAGUUUGUUGUUCCAUCUUGCAUUCCAUGUUCUGAAAUUGAGGCUACCUUCACUAUGAAUAGAAGAAAAACUAUUAAACUGUAAUUUUCAUUGCAAACCCCACUGGAAUAUUGAGUUGGUCUUUUCAAAGAGGAAGCUUUUUAGCAUAUGUAUGUAAGAAAUAAUGAUUUAUAAUGAUUAAAAUUUGUAUAGUGCAAAUUGUAUGGAAGCAUGA